AUGUUCGGCAACGUCCAAAGCCUAAGGAAUAAAGCAGAUGAGUUGCGGGCCUGUUCACAGUACCUCACCGAAUACCGGCAAUCCUGUCUCAUCUGUCUGACUGAAAGCUGGCUCACGGAGGCGGACCCUGACUCAUCGGUCGAUUUAGAGGGCUACACGCUGGUGAGGAUGGACCGUAACCAGAACUCCGGGAAAAGGAAAGGUGGAGUUGAACAGAGUGAGGCCAUCACAGCAGUGAAAGAGAUGAAGGGUACGGGCAUUCACAUCUCUAUUAAUGAGGUUAAAUCACAUUUUAGACGUAUAAACUCCCGUAAAGCCUGUGGUCCUGAUGGUAUCAGCUGCAGGACACUAAAGAAGCAGCACGGGAGAGGAGAGCUUAUUUGGCAGAAGAGCUGCUGCAUCGUCUAUAGUGAGUUUUGCGACGCACGCCACGGCGGGAUUGGGCACCUGAUGGUCCAAGAAUGGCAUUGUGCGAUGUGCGCCUGGUGGAACGGGUGGACGGAGAUGGAGUGGGGGAAGGAGGAGGAGGCACAACUGGAGGUGGUGAAGGGCCACGCUCCAUGGCUGCAGCAAUCCUCUCCAGGCUUGAGGAGAUGCGCCCGAGAGGCCGCAGCAACAUCGCCAUCCGGUCAAGGCAUGGCAUUCACACUUCGCCGCAUCCCAGACAGCUCCCGCUCCAGCAUUUCAAAUCCAGUUUGCUGGAGCUGCAGGAACUGGUGGUCCUCCGGUCUAGCGAUGAUGCCACGGCGUGUAGUGGGUCUGGACCUUGACGGUUGCGCCGUUCCAUCCUCAGAUGGCCCGUGCGGCUCGCGAGGCCAGGGCCUUUCAGAUCAUUAAAAUAGGGCCCUAAGACUCCAUGUGAAUAGCCAUAUUUAAAUAUUAAAACAAUAUAUGUAUAUUCACAUUUUAUUCCUUUCAUUUCUGUCCUCUAUUUCCUCUAUUUACUGUUUUUUUUUAUGCACUUGUCA